AUGGCUGGGGAUAUCGAUCAGAAACAGUCAGAAGCAAACGCUGCAUCGGCUAGUCUAUCCAGAGACACAUGUCUACUCCUGAAACCACCAAAGAAAUGGACCCUCGAACACCUCCAGAUAGCCAGAGUCCAGCAGGAAAAAGUCUCUCUGGACAAAAUCGUCGAUUUGAAAUUCGUACCCCAUGAUGAUGAUCCAGAAUUCCAGCGUCUGGAAAGCUUACUCUGCGAUCCAAGCAUGGAAAGCCGCGACAAGGACGAUCUCCCAUUCGAGCAAGACCCAUUCAAAUUCUUUUUCGGCACGUUACGUAGCUAUGGCGGCUGGUGCGAUUCCAUCGAAGACGCACGUGGCGAAAACUUUGUCAAUCACGUUAUUAGAAUGAUUCUGCGUGAAAUGUAUCCAGAUCUUACCUUAUAUGCGACAUCAUACAUGCGGCUGGGUAUUGAUCUUCCUUUCAUGAAACCGAGGAGGAAACAGUGGGUUGAUGGUUGCAUAUCAAGAUUCUGGAAAGACGAAGGGUUAUUUGGUGUCCCUCUUGCUCUUAUCUCAAUCAUACGAGAGUCUGGCGAUAUUGGAAUGGCAAGAUACGAGAUCCCACAAAUUUUGAUGCAGGUGAACAUGGCCUACAACCAAAAUCAAAACCUGGAGGAAUACUCCGGAUACAUAAUCAGCAUUGAUGGAUACCGCUUCACCUUCGGCAAGGCUACCGUAUCCCCAGAAUAUGUCAAAUGCAUCUACUCUGGCAAGCCUGCAUGCGAAGACCUGCAGUUUCAGCGUGGCCCAAGCUUUGAUAUUACUGAUCGAGCUGAGAGAAAGGAAAUCCUGAGGAUCAUCAUGGGCUUGGCUCGAUAUUUUGUUCAACGAGCAGAAUUCUUCUUUGCGGGACAUGAGUUUUAAGGAGAUUCGAUGUCAUUCACCAAGAUAUCAAGAACCAGAAGAUACGUUCAUUCACAGCAAUAGACUAAUUCUACAGAAUGCAAAG